AUGCCUCGCAGAGCCCUACUCGGAAACUGGUUUGAGGAGGAAGCGUAUGAGCGAGACCGCCGGCGACUCAUGCAGGGCCGCAGCGGCGGCAUCGUGGAGGCCUCAGCCGAGCUGGCACACAUGAUGGCCAAGAUUCGGCAUCACAACGCCCCUCAUGCUAUCGCGCCGGUCGCAGAGGAUGGGUAUUUGCACUUCUACGUCCCGCUGAUGCUCCAAAACGCUCACACGUGCGGCUUUCUUAGCGUGGACCUUGACGAGCGCAAGGCCACAUCAACAGGGUGGCAGGUAGAAUGCACCACCGCCCCAGCGGAAGAGGCGACGUCGCGGUGCACCGUGGUGCUUACGCCCGCUGCGAUGCCACAGACGGAUAGCUUCCCUAUUCCUGAAGAUGAGGCGGACGUGGUGCAUUAUGGUCAGCCAUUCUAUCUGAUGACGGUGCGCGAGCUCUGCGACGAUCCGCUGUUCCUGAUGUCGGAGUUUAUUACGCCGGGGUGCGCGUCGCGGGUGACACAGAAGCUGCAGCACACGUACUUUUCUCCAGACGGCGGCAGCGCGGCGGCCAUGUGGUGCGCCGAGGAUGCGAACCCCGCCUACCAGGAAGACAUGCGUGAUCAUCCUGUCAAGGCGGAUGAUGUGAUCCGCAUUCGUCACAACAUGACAGCCGCCCCACUGGCAAGCCUGCACGAGGUCUUCAACGAUUUUGGCGCGCAGUUUGAGGUGGGCUGUGGGCGCCUUACGGCGCUAGCAACCAAGAGGCGCGGCGGCCCGCCGGCGCCGGCAAACCUGUGGAUGUUCAUUCACAAUGGUCAAGGACUUCAGCAAGAGUCUGACGAGGGUGCGGUGUGCGGUGAGGCAGAUACUCAGGAGGCCUCAGCGGGACCAUGA